AUUUCAUUGGUUAGAAUUUUGAACUAGCCUUGUCAUUGGUCCUGUGCCUGGAACAGCUAAUUUCGUUUUAAAGAAAGAGGGCAGUGUGGCUGGCUAGAAUGAUUGAUCUUCCCUGGAGUAACUUAAAUUGGGUAUUUUGAAGACAUUGGCACAAUAAAACUGACGUGAAGCUUCACGUGAUAUAUCAUUGGCAUGGAUUUUUCAGCACACAGUGGGUUCAGACAGCGUAAGUUACCGCCCAAAAUGAGGAUGAGGACCACUUCCACAGACUCCACCGAACCCAGCCCGCUGUUUGAGGACACUAGCGCCGGACCAGGGGCGGCCGGCUACGGCAGAGGCCAGGACAAGGGACCAGCAGGCUACCCUGCCCAAACGCUGCUCUCCGACCCCAUGUCUAACCUGGCCAUGGCCUAUGGGAGCAGCCUGGCCAGCCAGGGCAAGGAGAUGGUGGACAAAAAUCUCGACAGAUUCAUCCCCAUAUCCAAACUGAAGUACUACUUUGCAGUGGACACUAUCUAUGUAGGGAAGAAACUCGGACUGCUGGUGUUUCCCUACAUGCACGAGAACUGGGAAGUGAGCUACCAGCAGGAUACCCCAGUGGCACCACGCUUUGACAUAAACGCCCCUGACUUGUACAUUCCAGUCAUGGGCUUCAUCACGUACGUCCUGGUGGCUGGCUUAGCGCUGGGAACACAAAACAGGUUCACCCCUGAGAGCCUGGGCAUGCAGGCCAGCUCGGCGCUGGUGUGGCUCAUCAUCGAGGUCCUAGCCACUCUACUCAGCCUCUACCUGAUCACAGUCAACACAGACCUCACCACCAUCGACCUAGUGGCGUUCUCCGGAUACAAAUACGUGGGCAUGAUAGUCGGGGUGGUUGCAGGGCUCCUCUUUGGGAGGACGGGCUACUACCUCUCCCUCCUGUGGUGCUGCGUCUCCAUCUUUGUCUUCAUGAUCCGCACCCUGCGUCUGAAGAUCCUGUCAGAGGCGGCAGCCGAAGGCGUGCUGGUACGUGGGGCCAAGAACCAACUUCGCAUGUACCUAACCAUGUCCAUAGCAGCUGCACAGCCAAUCUUCAUGUAUUGGCUGACCUUUCAUCUAGUCCGGUAAACAACGUAAACCACCAACCCCUACAGGAAGUGACCUAACAUCCGGUGUGGAGAGCCUCCACCUUGCCACAACCAUCAUGUAAACAGUAGCAGAAGCAGCAGUUACUACAGGAAAACGUCAAAAAGAAAAAAAAAAGGACUUUUUUUCUACACGUACUCAGCCAAUGCAUAGACCGAUUAAUUUUGUUUCUUAUUGCACAAGGAAGGUGAAAUAAAAGAGACCGAACAGGCUUUCACAGUUUCACAGCACAAGGGGGUUUUGUGUCAAGUUUUUUGUUUUAUGUUUGUUUUUGUGGUGUUGUUUUUUUUUUUCUAUAUAAAUGUAUUAAGCAAUCAUUGGCUUUUCACAUUUUUGUAAAUUGUACAGUCUAGUUUUAUGCUUUAAUUGCUUUGGGUUAUUUUUUGUAUUUUUUUUUUAAGGAAAAAAAAGAAAAAGUGAUGUUAACUUGUACAAAUACCGGUGAUGUGGCCAAAGUCCUUCAUGCUAAUCACUGCGAGGCUAUAGGGGAACCUAUGCAUCUGUGCACAGGCCCUCGCACGGAGGGAGGUGCCGUCCACUUUUGUGUGUGCAAACGCAGAGCCCGUGUGUGAGACUGUUUCCGUGCUGAGCAGGACGGCUCAUAGCUCACGUCUGUGGUGUGUGGGUGUCUUGCCACUGAUGUUUCUUUUUGUUUUUCAAGUCAUAAUGUGCAUAAUAUGCAGCGUUUCUGUGAGAACCCUAAGAUAUGUGGAAAGGCAGGGUUUCUGGUAAGGCCCAAUCAUACCUAAUAAUUUUUUUUAUUUUUUUUAUGUCUUAUCAAACUGAUAUUAAACGUGUGCAAUGCCAGUGCAGGUAUGUCAGGAGUGUCAGUCACAUAUAAACGUUGUCCUUUUGUUUUCCUACAACAUUUCAUUGUUAUUUCUACGUUUAACAUCCUCAGGAAGGCACUGCCUAAGACAAGAGGGACACACGUCCAUGUUUCCAAGUAAAAGUCACACAGACUUUAAAACAAAAACUGGAUUUAAAAAAAAAAUGUUUUAACCGAAUCAUGGAUAUCUGGAUAUAGUAUGGACCCUGGCACUCAAUCACAUUGUCUGUAUUAUUUAUCUCAUAUGAAGUCUGUUGUUAUCGCUUUGCCUGGUAACAGAACAUAGAAGACUAAUGUGAGUUUAAAAUGCUUUUGUUCUUCAUACCUCAUGUUUAAAAAACCUGUUUUGGUGAAGUCAAAUUCCAGCUUUAAGAUAUGCCCAAUAAAGCCAGGUAUGUUGCA